ACGAAGUAGGCCACAUAGUCGUGGAGAGAGAGAGACAGACGGAGAGGACCGUUUCUGAACGUGUAAUACAUGCAUGCACAGAAUAUCUUGUUUUAUCUGUAUAAACACAUAUAUAUAGUGGAUUAUAUUGUGUAUAUUUUGAAUAAGUUACACAAGAAAUGUGAAAGACCACCGUUGUUCUCUCCUUGUUUUAUAAUCCAUCACGAUCGUCGUUUAUCUUCACUAUCUUCAUCCGAUUUCUCGCAUUAAUCCUCAUGAAUACAUUGCCUACCACGUUGAUGACUCUUCUUCGGGUGUCAUGUACCUUGUUCAAGACAAAAAGAAAACCGCUUUAAACAUUAAAACACCACCAGAAAUUAUGGACAACGUUAACCGGUUUGUUUUUACCCAUGUGUUUAUUCAACAGUUUGUUUUUAGCUCUAUACUUGUAAGCAACCAGUCUGGAUCACCAGGUGCCAGGAACAUUUAUAAAGUAAGCCCUUGUGUAUCAAAUAAAAAGAACUGUUAUCCAUAUCAAUGGCAAUCUAACAUCAACGUAGAAGUUGAUAGAAAUCAUCACAGCUUACUAGUACGAUUUUCUCAUGCCGAACAAGUAACGAACUUUGUGAAUUACACAGUGGUGUUACAGAGAGAUAAUUAUAAUACAACUGAAACAACAAAUGAGACUGAAGUUGUCUUCAACGAUAUCUGCAAUGGGAACUAUGUCAUAUAUGUGAAACCUUUGGAUCCUUAUCCUUCAGUAAAGAACAAGUGUCAGUGUUACAAGUCAUAUGGACGAUGUAUAGUCUGUCGGACCACCGUAAGAAAGAUGAUCAUCACUGGACUAAAUGAUUCUAAAUGUAACGACUCAGCUAACUUGGAACCUGAAACUUUAAAACCUGUAAAGACUGUACCUGUAAAGACUGUACCUGUAAAGACUGUACCUGUAAAGACUGUACCUGUAAAGAGUGUACCUGUAAGGAAUUCACCUGUAACUUUUCCAUCUGGAAAGGAUUUAUCAACUAUAAAGAAUCAAGCACCUGAAAAGAGCUCUACAACUACAGCAAGAAUUACUAAAAACAUUGUACCACAGACUCGAAGCAAUCGUACAGAAAUUACAAAACCAUUGUCACAUUCUUCAUCUUUGCAGCAUUCCUCAACAACAUCAAAUACAAAUGAAAUCAAAGACAAAAAUAAAACUGUUUUGUGGGCUGUUGUUGGCAGUUCAGUCGCUAUACUUCUGGCUAUCAGUUUCAUCUGUUUUAUGUGUUCAACAACAAGAGAAAGCCUAACUGACAAGAAAAUCUUGUUUCUAUACUCUCACGACCACCAGCAUCAUCUCGACGUCGGCAAAGCCAUGGCAACAUACCUGCAACACUUCAAGUGCCAUGUUCUUUAUCCACCGUUAUUCGCUGAGGAAGAGAUAAAACAAUGGUUACACAAGACAGUUGCUGAUUGUGAUUUUGUCUUACUGCUACAUUCGGAAUGCAUUAAACGCCAGAGUGAACCAUGGGCUUCUGGUUUAGAAUAUCCACAGUUACGAGACAACCGAAAUGAAAAUGUCCUGAUGUCAAUUCUUACCAUGAUUAGAGAAUGUCCUCUCUUGCAGUUAUAUCAUUCGAAAUACAUCUCGUGCCGCUUGGAACACUUGUCCGAGGGUUAUGUUCUCACUGAAUUUCCUUCGGUUCAAAAUUUCGUCCUGACCAGAGACCUGAAGAAGCUGGUUUACUAUAUCCAUCGUAUUCCCCCUAACAGUGUUCUCAAAACAUUAACAUUGAGAUCUUCUGAUAGUUCGACUUCCUCAAUGGCACUACAGCAGGCAGCUCAAAAAGCUGCUGAAUUUGAAAAAAAUAAAAUGUGGUUCACUCAGAAGUACAGUUACUUGGUGCCACGUUGUGGCGUAUUAAACGACAAAUGCGAUUGCCGUUCUGCAUUAAACGAAGAAUUCGACGGCACGGUUGACAUCCCCAAAUUACCACUAAACUCCUUUCACGAUGUGAAUUUUGAUGAUUCCAUGUCCAAACGAUGCUAUUAUUUCAACGAUAUACACUCGUUUUCGGAAAUGUCACAGGUCAGUUCUGAACUAGCAAUGCUAAAUGAGCGCAAUGACCAGCGAUAUAAAAACAGAUACAGCCUCUUGCCUUCAUUGUCUGAAGGUGUCACAGACUGUGUGAGCAACUGGACAGAUGUAACAUAUGCCUCAAGUCGUGGCUCAAAUCCAGUGUGUGUUUGAAAGAACCAAGGCACAGGGCAGGUGGGUUCAUAUUUGUGUGUGUGUAUACAUAUAUAUAUAUAUACAUAUAUAUGUAUAUGAGGAUCCCCAUCUUUCCUUGAGUUCAAUCUAAGGGAUUGUUGUUUUUUUUUUAAUGAACACAUAUACAGAGUGUGAUAUAUAUAUAUAUAUAUAUAUAUAUAAUAUAUAU